AUGGGGAACUGCUGCCGACGCAGAAAAGUCAACUCGGAUGAUGAGUGGACCGUCUACCUGAACUCGCAGCAGACUCAGGAGAGCUGCAGCAAUGAAGUGGUGACUUCCAAGUACACUUUGUGGAACUUCGUGCCCAAAAAUUUGUGGGAGCAAUUUCAGAAAACUUCAAAUGUUUAUUUCAUUGUCAUUUGCGCGCUGCAGUGCAUUCCAGCCAUAUCAACUACCAACGGGACUCCAACUUUGGCGCUUCCGCUGGCCAUUGUAGUUACAGUCAACGCAUGCAAAGAUGCUUACGAAGACAUUCAAAGACACCAGUCCGACAGACUCGAAAACCACCAGGUGACGUAUUCGUUGCCGCGUAGCGCAGCGGACUCCGCGGAGUUUGCGUUGCGGGAGGCGCGGCAGCAGCAGCAGCAGCAGCAGCAGCAGCAGCAGCAGCAGCAGCAGCAGCAGCAGCAGCAGCAGCAGCUGCUGAAGCUGGGUCUAAUUGCCCGCAAAUGGCGAGAUGUUAAGCUGGGAGAUCUGCUAGUUUGCUUCAAGAAUGAAGCUUUUGCUGCGGAUCUGCUGCUGCUGGGAUCGGCCGAUCCCAGGGGCCUCGCCUUCAUAGAAACCAGCAGCUUAGAUGGCGAGACCAACUUAAAGCUGAAGCAAACCCUCCCUUCUCUCAAACCCUUAUUUCCUGCUGCACUUCCUCAAACCCUAGCAGCAGCAAAACUCCUCGACGGGAGGCUUUCCACCAAACCCCCUAACAGGGACAUCACUGCUUUCGAGG